CGCUGCAGUGUUUUCUGCGCCCUGGGGCCACAGUGUUUUCAACGGGACUCAACUUACUACUUGCUGGACUCGCCAUGGCCGCUUGAGCCUGCUGAAAUAUUCUUCUUCCGUUAUCAUUUGGUCGUAGCGUUUGGAUAGACUUUUUUUUCAGACAUACUUUCGCCUUCUCUUUCGUAGUUUUUAUGUCAAGGAACAAGGAUGCAGCCUCCGCCGAGAAAGGUCCGGGUCACCCAGGAGUUGAAACACAUUCAUGCUGAGCAGAUGAGCAGAUUACAGAUCAAACACCAGACAGAGUGUGACCUGCUCGAAGACCUGAGGACUUUCAGCCAAAAGAGGGCAGCUAUAGAGCGGGACUACGCCCAGGCCCUGCAGAAGCUGGCAAAUCAGUAUUUAAAGAGAGAAUGGCCAGAGACAGAAGAACCGUCAGACCACAGGAACAUGUAUUGUGUUUGGAGGGCCUAUUUGGAGGGUAUGGUCCAGGCAACGCAGUCCAGAAUAAGCACCUGCGACAACUACAAAGUCCAGGUGGCCGACGCAGCCAAGACAGCACGACUGCAGAAGGAGCAGCAGCUUAGGAAGUGUAUUGAGCAGCUGACUGUGGUCCAAGCUGAGCUGCAGGAGUCGGUGAAGGAGCUGACCAAGAGCAGGAAGAAGUACCAGGAGGCCGAGACGAUGGCGCAGGCAGUCCGAGAGAAGGCAGAGCUGGACGCAAAGUCAAAGCUGAGUCUCUUCCAGUCCAGAUCCAGUCUUCAGAGGGCCAGCGUAAAGCUGAAAGCAAAGCGGAGCGAGUGCAACUCCAAAGCCACGCACGCCAGAAACGACUACCUUCUCAUGCUUGCAGCCGCGAAUGCGCACCAGCAGCGCUACUACAACACAGACCUCAUUGACUGCAUCAAGAUUUUAGAUGGGAGGAUCUACGAGCAGGUAAAGGAUUACCUGGUGUCACUGUGUCAGACAGAGCUAGAAGCCUACCAGGCUGUCCACAACAUCUUCAACCAGAUCCUCAACAGCUCAAAUGGGGUUCUGCAGGAGUUUCACCAGCAGCUGUUUGUGCAGAAGAACAUGGCGUUCCAGCAAGCACCAGACUUGAUGUUCCAGCCUGUCGACUCAGACACGGUGGUGCAACUGCAGAAAGAGAGCGGGACGGCAGAGGAGCACACUCUGGAUAAGGAGGCGAGGAAAUGGGCGAGCCGCGUGGCCCGAGAAUACAAGAGCAUCAUCCACACUCAGAAGGCCCUGGAGGAGUACGGGACCCAGGAAGCUUCGGAGCCAAACAACAGCGAGCUGGAGAUCAAGAUGGAGGUGGCCAGACAGAGUCUCCGGAGGGCAGAGACGGUGAAAGCGAAAGCCGAGGCCCGGCUGGACCUGCUAAGGGAGGCGGGAGUCCCGGUUGAAACGUGGCUGAAGAGUGCGAUGAACCAGGUGAUGGAGGAGCUGGAGAACGAGCGCUGGAACAACCUCAGUACCCACGAUCCUUCACUCUCCGUAACAGCAGAUUUGGAGCGAGAGGAUGAAGAGGAGAUGGAGGACAGCGGUGAAGUGUUGGAUGACAGCAGCUCCAGCCCCUCCAGCACCUUGAAAAACUAUCCACUCACCUGCAAAGUGCUCUACUCCUACAAGGCUUCUCAGCCGGACGAGCUGACCAUCGAGGAGCAGGAAAUCUUGGAGGUCAUCGAUGAUGGCGACAUGGAGGACUGGGUCAAGGCCAGAAACCGUAGCGGACAGGUGGGCUACGUCCCGGAGAAAUACCUGCAGCUGCCCUCCUCCAACAGCCUGCUGAGCAUGCUGCAGUCGCUGGCCGCGCUGGACGCCCGAUCCCAUUCCUCCAGCAACUCCACCGAACCUGAAACCGAACUCCCAACCGGCUCCGUCAACGGAGACUCCAGUGUUUCAUUCGCAAAGGCUUUGUACGACUACGCGGGACAAACGGAAGAUGAGCUGUCGUUCCCAGAAGGCGCCAUCAUCCGCAUCCUCAGCAGAGAGACCCACGAGGACGAUGGCUUCUGGGAGGGCGAGUUUAACGGCGUUGUUGGUGUGUUCCCCGCAGUUCUUGUGGAGGAUCUCACCGUGACCAGCGAGAAUGGAGAUGGGCAAAGAGACGGCAGCGCACAGGCUUCCCCGUCCACACUCUCUCAGUGCGACCGCUCCCCUCGUGGUCCCUUCCAGCCGGGACCUCUCCACAGCAGCCCCCUUCAGACCCCCACGGUGUCCUCUCCAGUGUCGAGUCCCUGCAGCGCCACAGCCUCUCCCAUUGGCCGACCACCCUCCUAUCACAACGGACACCACAGACCGCCGCCGGCUCCACACAAAAGCCCCUUUCACAGUCCAGCACAAAGCUCCCCCCAACCCCCCAAAUACCCGGAGAGCGGCGGUGGCACCAUCCGACCCGUACGUGCCGCACCUCCGCCCCCGAAACAGCAUCCUCGCGGGCAGGUGAAGCGGCGAGAGGAGGUUGAGAUCACACUGGUGUGAAGGCGGCACCCCCUCGAGCAGGGACUCGUAAAAACACUCCCAAAGGAAACCCAAGGAAACUUAAAAACUCCUGAAGACGCCUGGAGACGGAAGAAGCCCCCCCACUCGGAGAAGGAACACCGCUGCGCCUUUUUCUUUUAACUUCCCGUUCAGUGUUCUUGUUUCUCAACACUACUUUACCCAGAGUUUGUACAAGGCUUCAUUCUCACCCCCGAACAGUUAAUAAGGUGAUAACGAGCAAAAGAAGUUGAUAGAAAAGUUAACAUCAUUUUAUCCGUUAGUAAAAAUCGGUGUGUUUGGACUCGCUGGCUGAUAUUUUAGGGAGUCGAGCUCAUUCGUUCCCUUGCAGAGAGCUCAGUGUGGUAUCAUUCAUCAGUUCGAGCAGCCAGUUUGGUUCUAAAGAACAUGCAGCUGACUGAAUGAGGCGUUUCAUGAUAUUUAACACACCGACAGCAUAAAACAGAGUCGUUAGCUGAUGAGCAGACCCUGGAUUUUCUGUUGUUUGAGACUCGGUCAAAGCAGCGUUUCAUGUUAAAGUAAAACAUGUUAGACUGGACUGACCUUGACCUUUGAGAGGUCAAACUGAAGGAAGCGUUUGUGUUUUACCUUCAUUUUUCUGUUUACGAACAAAGACACGAGUCUGCAGAACAUAUCGUCGAUCAGGCCUCUGUUCCCUAGAUUUAGACACAUUUCACACCCCUUCAGUGAGUCUUGAUAAUUUCAGCUGUGUUCUGAAAUGAGAAACUGAACCCUUGAACACAUCAGGGAACUGUUCACAGAGGUCCCAGAGACCUCUAUAGGACCAGAAGUCUUUUGCAGACGCAGGGGUCGCCCCCUGGUGGCCUGUAAAUAGAGUACAGUUUUUUUUUGUUGCUUCACUUUUCCAACCUGGCAGCUGUGUCAAUGUUCUGAUGUCUGUGGUCCUUUUUGGCAGUGACGUCAUUCCCGAGUUUGUGCAUUCCAGCAGGAAAGUCAGAAAAGCAAAGUAAGAUGGGAUUUAUUUUAGCUGCAGCACGUUCAUUGAUAGAAUGUGGUAAGUGCUUAGCGUGUGACUCAUAUCAUGAGUCACAAAUACAGGUGAGUGACAGAGCAGAUUAUGUUUAUGUUCUCUGUCACCAUCUUGGAUUGUUGAGGCUGCUCUGACUUUCCAAGAAGGAAAUACUAGUUGAUGAAAAUUACUACUGGGAGCUCAGGAAUUCCGACUUCCGACUCAAUCUGGAAUGCACCGUAAGCCAAGGGCCAACAAGACAACAGCAGAUAUUUUGACGUCGCCCCCUGGUGACAGGACAAGGUUACAGCACCAUUGUACAACCACACCGCUGCCUUCAGUGACCUUGCUUUUUAGGUGUAACCACUUUUCUGUAUCUCUGUUGACACUUAAUCGCAAAAAAAAAAUGUUGUUUGAAGUCAAAAUACAAAGAAAUUGUGAGCAGUAAUCAGCAAAAAUAGUCUGAUUAUCGCUAAUUACAUCAUCAGCAAACCAUAAAUCAAUUCUCUGUUUUCACCUGAGCGAUCUUUAGGCUGCCCGUGCUCCACACGGGUAUUGCACAUGUUUUCACUUCUUUUUUGGCUUCAUUAGUCGAUUAUGUUUAAGAUAAACUGCCUCCUGGCUCUGGUUUCACAUUAAAGUCUCUGCAAGAAAACAGAUAAGUUCUUCCUUCAGCUCGUCGGAAAACAUCACUUCUAACUGAUCGUGUUAUGGAUGCCUUAGCUGCAGAAUUUCUCCUCGUUUAUGGAUUGAAGAAAGAAUUUUUUAUGUUAUAGUUAUGAUUUCGCCCCCGUUGUGUCUCACGUCAUAGCUCUUUGUUACCACCAUCAGAUUCACGUCUAUGCAACAGAGCUGCACUUGUGAGCAAACCAAAAGUCUCGAAAAGAGGCUGGUCCUCUCCGCCGACACACGUGACCGCUCGCGGUUACACAAACAAGGGAAAAGUGGCAAUUUUUACCUGUGAUUGUUUUGGAUCCCUUAUCUUUUUUUCCCCUUCUAAUGUUUAGGAAAAGUUUAAAGUGGGAAACAUAGCACUUAAACACACAAACACACAGUCUAACUCUUUUGUUUUUAUGUUGCAUAAUACAGAGAAAAACUGUUUUUACGACACUAAUGAUGCCAGUAACAGUCGCUGUUGGGGAGGACAGUUUACACUGAGCAUGUGCAGUUUAAAGAUGCCUUUUAUUUUUAAGGAGGAAACCAUCCUGAGCUGCUAGCUGUCCAGUUUAAAAUCUAUAGUGAAGCACUUUCUGAUGUCUUCUUAUUCCUUUUCAGUAUUGUGGAUGUUUUGUUCAAUAUUUCCUUUUUGAUGUUUGUUUACCAGCCGUAUUGGUAUCAAUAUUUCCUGUUAUUUAGCCGUAAAUAGCCAUUGUAGUGUCUUUGAUUGAGAUAUGACUUAUCGAUCGUAUUGAUAAUUUACGGAGAGCUUAGAGAUGGAUAUCUGUGUAAGUAAUGGCACAGCUUUUUUCCCCUUUUUUGUUUUUAGAAUUAAGAUUUUAAGAAAAGAAAAACAAUUAAACCGUAGCUGAAUCUGAUCAGAGGAAAAGAGGUAUCCGUCAGCUGUGACGCUGCGUUCUCGUUGAUCUCCUUGAGAUCUGAAUGACAUCAAACUUAUUUUUGAAGUUUGCAUUUACCCUGUUGUAUUAAAAGAAUACCUAAAGUUUCUUUUCCAUUAGAGAAUUUUUUGUUAACCUGUUUACUGGUCUCGAUUAUGCAUCAAGUCAGAAUCUGAAAUUCAUUUUCUUAAAGGACGUAAAAACUCCCACGUUUUACAGCGUCGGCUAUGCGGAGGCUGCCAGGCGUCGUAUUUACACACCCAUGGAUGUUUAACUGUAUUUAUUGCGUACAAAUAAAUGUGAAAUAAAGAUAGCUUAAAUGGAA